CAAGCAGAAACACAGCAUCUUGUUCGCAACAUACACAUACAAGAUCAUACACAAUGGCGACGACGACAAUGGCAGAAAACAUCACGGUGGAUCUGGAUCAGCUGCUUGGAAAGUUGUCGAAUACAUUGCUCUCGCCGACAGCAGAUGACACGCAUCUCCGCACCACUUUCUACGAACGCAAUCGCAUCAGUGCUAAUGUCGAAUACGCACGAACCCUCCUCCUCCGUCUCGAACACAACACCGCAGACAUCAAAACCCAAUCCCGAAAAUCCACCAUCCAAGCCGACCUACAAACAAAACGCGACCUGAUCAAAAAACUAAACACGCGACUGAUCGAAUUGAACCAACUGGCUUCCCUCCAAGAAGACUCGGACAGCUCAUCCGACGAAGAAGAUGAAGAUGAAGAAGAAUCACAAGGCCAAAAAGUCAGGGAAUUCGCCCCGGCGGUGUCUACAAGCGAUACCCUAGAUACAGAUCCCAGCCUCACAUCGCCACAACAAGCAGCACAAGAUCUAGCAAACAACCUACGCUCGAGAAAACCGAACGCCACGAACAGCAACGCCCCAGCCGAUUCCGCCACAACCUCCGCCCUUUUCAACAACCGCAACACAGCCCAACCCACCACCGCCGCCGGCGAAAAACUUUCUACCGAACAAGUCCUCGACUCGGCGAACCGCGAUCAAGAUAUCCUAACCACCUCCCUAGUCGCCCUGGCCCAAUCACUAAAACAAUCUUCCCUAUCCUUCGCUUCCUCGCUAGAUGCGGAAAAAGAAGUCCUCCGCAGAGCGGAAGGAGGGUUGGAUAAAAAUUCCAUGGGUAUGGAAGCUGCGGGGAACAGAAUGGGUGCGUUGAGGAGGAUGACGGAAGGAAAAGGGUGGUGGGGCAGGAUUAGAUUGUAUGCGAUAAUCGCUGCAUUAUGGGUUGCUGCAUUUUUGCUGGUGUUCGUGGGACCGAAGUUGAGGUUUUAGGGAGGGAGGAAGGAGGAAGCGUCAUUAGCAAAGAGUAUGGAACGAAGCAGUGAAUAGAGAGAGACAGUAAGUCUCUACCACAAUCCUGCUAUAUGGAGAAUAGUAUCAGCGGGUUCCCUAAGGAGUGUUUAUCGAUGAACCCAUCAUGAACCUCUCUAGCACACGCCGAUCUCGUUUCUGGGAUCUUGGUCUUCGGUCUCCCUGGUAUGGAAGCAGCUUUAUGCUUUCCAUAUAUCAUUGUAUUUCUCGUCAUCUCUUCACCUGCCCCCCCUCCCAAUACCUGUAUCAAAGAUAUCCAAACCAUAUGUACAUAUCAGAUAACCACUUGAAACUCGCUGACCCGC